UUAUUUUAAACUUCAUUCUUUCAACUAGGAUUUUAUUUUAUUUCACACAUGCAAGGCAAGCACUCUACCACUGAGCCACAACCCCAGCCCUUCAAAUAGGAUUUUAAAAGCACAUAUAUAAUUAUCCUGUACCAGGAACUAUUUUAAGAGUUUUUAACUAUUAAAAUUACAGUGAUUUGUUCUUAUUUAUCCAUUUUUGCCUUCUGCUGCAGAUGAUCCCCAGCUGUGUCUUCCUCUCUAGGUGCAGAGGGCAAAGAUGUAGUUAUUUCGUGGUUGGUAGAUGGCGGUUCCAGAAUCUCGGGCUCGUUCCAGCUGGCCAGCCUUCUCUGCUUUCUGUGUGUGCCUGUUGUCCUUGAUGCACUGGGAGUUGAGUUGAAGGCAUUUGUAGGGCUUCUUUGGGGCUGAGGUCUGCAGAGCACGAUUGGUCUUGUGCUGGGUACCUGUGGACAGUGUUCUCCUGGGACCAUAUUUUUUAGCCAUUUUAUGCCCUUGGGGUGGGGGGUGUUGGCCAGGGCCAUCCUGGCUGCUCACCAGGAUGGUGGCACCUGCCUUGCUGGGUCCUGGGCCUGCCCUGCUCUGCCACCCCUCAUCCUUCAUAUGGGGACAGCCAGACUGCCUAGCAUGGCCCCUGCUCUUCCCCUCACACCAUCUUCCUGUGACAUGUGGCACCCUUGAUGGCUCUUUCCUUUCUGAAACUCCUUCUUUAGCUUCCCUUCUGGUGGUCUUUUUCAACUUUUCAGCUCUCCUUCCUUUGUCCUGCUCUUGGACUCCCUUUCUCUGCCUGCUCAUUAGAUAGCUGCACCCCAAGGCCUGGAUCUGCGUUUCCCCUCACUUCUUGGUGACCCAGGCCACUCUGGAGCUCCCACUCACCACACUCGCAUCCAGCGAUUGUCUCUCCUGUGCUCAGGCUGGGGUCCAGCAGGCCAUUUCCUUUGCUGGGCGCCUCUUCUCAUCCUUGGGUGGGUCUCAGAGGGUGGUGUGACCACCUGCCCAGAACACCUGGCCUGGUGUACCCCACUGAGCUGGGUCACAGGGCCCAGGUGAGUCAGCACCUGUCAGCUUGGGGGCCUUCUCUGAUCCUUGCUGGCUGACCACCCUGGGGUCACCCUGGGCUGCUUGCCACUUUUCCUGGCAUGCCCUCUCCUCCUAGCUGACCGAACGUGUUUGUGCUACAUGCCUCAUUCCUAAAGUGCAGGUAGGACCACACUAUUUCUCAGCUUGAAAUUCCUCAGUGAUUCUCCAUUUGCAGGAUAAAAUUAAAACUCCUGAGUUUUGCAUGGAGAGUCUGUAUUCCUCCGCUACCUGUGGCCUCCUCCCUAGGCUCUCUGUGGACUUAGCAUGUUGAAGUGUCUGUCAUCCCUCUUCCCUGUUCCCUGGUGCCCUUUCCUGAGCCGUGUCUCCUCCUGGCACUCCGCUCCUGUUCUCUGCCUGGCUAGCCCCAGCUUGUCUUCUAUUAUAGGUCACUCUUGCUUCUGGGGGCAGGCUUCUGGGGUGAGCUGGCCACGAGGAAGAAGGGGUGCUCUUCAGCAUGUCAGAGCCAGGUCCCACCCACCCCAUACCCUCCUAGAUCCUGAGGGUGCCCCUUCCCAGUGAGCGCAUUUAAGCUGCUAUCAGGUGGAGCCUGGUGUCACUCCUCCUCCCCGAACUCCACUGCUCCUCCCCACACUCCACUGCGGGGCUUGAAGAGACAGGCACACCCUGGGCCCCAGGAUGGGACAUGCGUCACCUGCCCCUCAGGGUUUGUAAGGAGUAGGGCCAGUGGUAGCGCCAGUCAGCACAGGCUAGAGUGGCAGGUGGCCUGCAGAUGUCUUCAUCGGGCUGCUGUGCCUCGACUGCCCACACAGGGUCCACUCUGCCCCAGGGGAAUAAGAAAGGAGGCCACAGUGCAAUCUGGACUGCGAGGGGACCAGGCCCCCAUGGCAGGCUUACGGCUGGCACUGAGAGGCAAGUUCUGUGGCCUCUGGAGGAGGAGUCCACUAAUGCCUGGACCUCAGGCUUACCUUGAGGCAGGAGGCAAACAGGCAGAGCCUUUUAUUAUGAAGGAGGGAUUUAUAAAAAAUAAUGGUAAAAUCCUAAAAGGUAACUAGGAGAAAUCAGAGCUGUUUUGAAGGUGUCUGUACUUUUUUUAGGGGGGGUAGGUACCAGGGAUUGAACUUAGGGACACUCAACCACUGAGCCAUAUCCCCAGUCCUAUUUUGUAUUUUAUUUAGAGACAGGGUCUCACUGAAUUGCUUAACGCCUUUCUUUUGUUGAAGCUGGCUUUGUAUUCUCGAUCUUCCUGCCUCAGCCUCCCGAGCAGCUGGGAUUACAGACGUGUGCCACUGCACACAGCCAGGACUGUCAGAUUCUCCUCAGGCUGGGCAGCCACAUUCACCAUUACCUAGUUCUGCUGGCAGAAUUUAGGGCUGUGUAGACCUUGGAGCUGACCCCAGCUGUUGGGGAGCCCCUCAGAGCAGUCUACGUGGUUUGCUGUUCAUACUGGGAAUACAGAGCUGUCACCCAGGUGAAGAGCCAUGAAGACUGCUUCUUACUGGGACAGGGGCCUUCAUGUCAGGGUGGCCAGCCAGCUCCUAAGAGCAGUACUGCCAGUGAAAGAUGUAGAAGAAAAACCCGAACAACAAACCAGAGUGAAGGAGACGGACAGGUUACCCGCUGGUGUCAAACCCCGACAGCAACCAAGUGCCUUAUUUGCUAGAGGAAGUAGGAAAGCUGUCAGAAGCCCCCAAAGAUCAUCCGCUAAAAUAAAAGAAAACAAGCACCCAUUCGCUCUUUACGGCUGGGGAGAGAGACAGACAGACACCGGAAGCCAGAAGACCCACAACGUCUGUGCCUCUGCAUCGGUGCAUGAGAUUCACGAGUCGGCGCUGCGGGCCAGGAGCAGGAGGCAGGAGGAGAAGAGGAAGCUGGCUGCUCAGCGGCAGCGUGCGCACUCGGUGGAGGUGCAGAGGGGCAGGACAGCGAGGGCCCCCUCUGCAGAGAACCCCUGGGUGACGGAGUACAUGCGCUGCUUCUCAGCAAGGGCCUAGAGCUCCCCAGGGGCCAGUCUGUCUGUGACCCGGAUCUGGCCGAGAGACCUUGACCAUGCAGGGCCUCUCGGAGAACAGCUAAAGGCUGUCCUGUCGUGAAUCUCAUCACCUACGUCAGCAGUAGGGCAGAAAGCUGAAGCCAUAGACACUUGGUUACCUGUGAAGACAAGCCCCAGGCCCCUGGUAUUCUUGUUAGAGUUGUGUCUGUGAGCAUCUUUCCUUUGAGGUACUGACACCAGAUGCCUUUAAACGACUAUGAGGCUUCCGUCCCCCUCUAGGUGGCACAGGUGGGCUGUGUCACCCACCUUAGGGGCCUCCAACUCACACUUGUGAGGUCCCCGUCCUGCACGAGAUUUGUGUUUACUGACACAUGUGGUUUUCUUUGUGAGAGAGUAUCCAGCAAGUAUCACUCCCCGUGGCCUCGGGCCCAGUUCUCCCCAGGAUCUAGCAUCCAUCUGUGGUGAAGCAGGGCUGUGAUGGCUACUGCAGGUACAGAGGUGCUUGUGUUUCAGCUCACACCAACCUUCACACGGGUCGUGUGUUCAAGGAUUGGGCUGGCGAGGCCUGGCUUCUCUGGAUGAUCUCCUGGGCGCUCCCUCAGCAGUUUAAUAGCCACACACAUUCCAGUAGACACAGCGCGGCCACUGUGUGUAGGUGGUUAUGCAGUUGCUGUGAGCCAGUUCACCUCUCUUUAAUUACAGCAUUUCUCUUCAGAACAUAUAAGAUAUAGCUGGCCACGGUUACAGGCUGUGGACUCUAGCCUCUUCUGCAGCAGCUGGCAGGACAUGUAGAAUGCAUGCCCUGGAAUCACAUGGAAUGAACUGAGACACUCUCAGAGACACUGCCCACCUGCCUUCUCCACUCUUCCUUCUGCAGAACUUGGUCUUGGUGGUUUGUGGUGUUCCUGCUUCAGGUUGAACUGAUUGUGUUUGACUCCUGGCCAGCAGAUCUUACCUACACCUUACAGGAGCUUGGGGGCCUGAGCGCAUGCAGCUGUGUCUCAGCAGGGCUGAUCCUUUUGUGCAUUUGCCUCUAGGAUGGAAAAUGGUCUUCACACUGAUUUCUCAGGUGCUGGGUGGGUCUCCCUGCUGACGAGGCCUGUCCAGGAAGGACGAGGGCAGGUGCUCUAGGGGAACGAGCAGGUCCUGCAGCUUAGCCCCUGCGGGCGUGAGUGGAAAGUUGGUGUUGGACUUGAGGCUUGACAUGCCUGGGUUUUCACUCAGGGUCUCUCAAGUCCGCUGGCUCUUAGCACACAGACUGGUCUCACUCCACAUAAAUUCACCAUCUUGUCACUGUGUCGAGCCGUGAAAGUGCCUCUUAGAGCCUCCUGAGUGCUGUGGUCCUGAGGUGAGUCCUGUAUGGAGAGCGUGCCUUGUCGUGGAGGAGUGUGCUUACCAAGAAGAAGUUCUACAUGGUGUCUGACACCCUGGCUAUGAGUUCUAGUGAACUUUGAUUUAACCAGUCACACAUCUUCAAAUGCUGUGGGAACCUGUGGGUCACAUAACCCUGGCAUGGUGAUGGUGUGGCUCAGGUGGUUUCACCCACUGGCUGAGCAUCAUGUUGCAUCUGACUGUGUUGGAAAGUCAGCCAGGCAUGGCACCUGGCACCCUACUCCUCCAGCCUGUGUCUGCCGGAUGUCUAGGAAACACACUUGUCUGUGCGCUUUCCCCGACUCCAGGCCUGGAAGGCAGAUUGGCAAGUCUCCCUUCUUUAUAAGUGAAGAUGGAUGGACAAGGUAGUUAAGGGACUUCUCAUGUGCAUGAACAACCAGUGGCUGAGUGUGGUAGCUGUGGUCCCUCCUGUCUGAGCCCUCGAUGGUCGAGAUCCUCCUCUUCCCUUUUCUCAAGGGCACAGUUACCUUUUGAGCCUAUGAAUUUUUAAAAAUUGUAACAAUGUGACAUUCCUACUUUCUUCUUUUACUGGGAACUGAUGUGGUGGUGGUCAUGUUCCUAAUUCUUAGGACAUGUUGCAAGACAGGGAGAUAGUAUAAAGCUGCCUUCAGGUUGGAAAAGUAGAACUGGUUGGAAUCCAGUGUUAUUUAAAUGCUACAUAAAGUCUUUUUAAAAUUUUGGCUUUAAAUUCUUAUUAAAACAAUUUGCCAUAAA